UUAUUGCUUGGGAAGGUCACAGAGUCAGUGUCUAGAUAGUCUUCCGUGUGCAGCAGAGAAAGAAGAGAGAUGGAGCUUUCUCAGCUUGGUUUCUUAGAUGAAUUGGUGGCUCCAAGAAGAGAGACAUGGAAUGCUCUGUCCAGUGGGUUCUUGGAGCUAUUGUCUAAUGGUUGGAGUUUUGACACUUUUCUUGAGAACCCAUCUUUCCCCACCUCUAACUCUCUGUUUGCUGCAUUUUCAACACCCAUAGACCGCAGAUUUGAAUGCCCUUUCACCAAUGAACUACCACCAUACCCUUUUCCUGAUGCCUUCACAAUGCCAUUGCCGCACCUUCACCCUGCCAACGAUGAUCCCCCACCUCCACUUCCACCCACACUGGAGGAUGAAGAUGUUGCCUUUUAUGACAACAACAACAACUUUGAAGAAAUCAAGAGUGUCUGCAAAGUUGAGGAACAAGGUGUUGAGAAUCCACAAGGCACAGAGAUUCCACUCUUCAACACAGGCAUGUCUGAUGAUGCAGAGAGGAAACAGAAGUCCAAAAAGCUAGAGGGACAGCCCUCAAAGAAUCUCAUGGCAGAAAGGAGGAGAAGAAAGCGUCUCAAUGACCGUCUUUCCAUGCUUAGGUCAAUAGUCCCCAAGAUCAGCAAGAUGGACAGGACCUCUAUUCUUGGGGAUACUAUAGACUACAUGAAAGAGCUCUUGGAAAGGAUUGGUAAGUUGCAGGAAGAAGAGGCGGAAGAGGGCUCAAGUCAGAUUAAUCUGUUGGGCAUUUCAAAAGACCAAGUGAAACCAAAUGAAGCAAUUGUAAGAAACUCCCCCAAGUUUGAUGUUGAAAGGAGAGACCAGGACACCAGGAUCAGCAUUUGUUGUGCUACAAAGCCUGGAUUGCUACUAUCAACCGUCAAUACAUUAGAAGCAUUAGGCCUUGAGAUUCAGCAAUGUGUUGUAAGCAGCUUCAAUGACUUUUCAGUGGAAGCAUCUUGUUCUGAGGUGAACAGAGAAAUUGCGUUAGCCCUGAGGAGAUAAAACAAUCACUAUUCAGAAAUGCAGGGUUUGGUGGGAAAUGUCUCAAGGAGAAAGAUGGAAAAUUGAUAAAACAAUUUGCAGAUGGUGUUAAAGAAGCAACUUUCCUUCUUUAGUUUGUAAUCCAUGGAAUUAGGGAAGUAGAAGUUUUAGUGAGAUUCAGAAUAAGUUGGUUUUGAUUGACGAUUUCCUUCUUAAAGCCACACCCUGUGUUUUAACAUAUACCGGGGCUAUCCUUUAGUAUGCUGCAAGUUCACCUUUGUAAAGGAAGUGUGUUCUUUUUUAAGAAGGGAUCUAUAAUGAAGGAGAAUUAUUGCAAAGCCCAUAAUUAAGUGGAAUCAACUUGAUUUUCCAUGGAUUCCUAUGCAUGCUGCUACUUCAAAAUAUCCUUUUCUGGGACCUUAAAACAAUAAAUGUCUGUUACAUGUUUCCUGUUGCCCAGGCUGUGACCACCACACACCAACCAACUGGAUUUUCAAACUGUAUGGGUCCUGUUCUCUGUCAGAUAUGUUAUGAGAGGUAAGGCUGUUAACUUUUGAAAGAAUUGCAGAACAUCCAU